CCGAGCUGACGAGGGCCGUGGCGAGAAGCCCAAACGGGCAGGAGCCGGCCAGGUGCCCCCCACCUCCAGUGCCAAGCUCCUCUAGCCAGCGCAGAGCAGAGGCCUGCUUCUGGGGUGCCCCGGACGUUGCGGAGGCCAUGGUCCCCAGCGUCAGAGCUUGCCUGUCUGGACGCGCCAGCGGGUCACAUGCCCCGAUGCCUCCUCCGGAUGACAUCGGCGAGUGGCCCAGCCGCUGGACUAUAAGAGGGCGGGAAGGGGGAAGUUUCGCAGCAUCCGCGCUUGCUGUGAGCCUGAGGCAGAGAGGGGAGCCUGGUGUCCUGCCAGCAGGUCCAGGCGCCACCCAGGCACGGCAGAGGUUUGGUGCCAGCCCAGUCGUUUCGCGAGGCCACCAGCAUGGGUCCCCUUGCCCCCAUCGCCCUCUUCGUGGCCUUUGCCCUCCUCCACGCUGCCGGAGCUGUGGACCCAACCUACAAUUUAGCCCGCCCGCUGGGGAGCUCGGUCGAUUUCUCCGUGGCGAUCCCGAAAGGCACCAACUACACAUUCGUUGUCCUGCAGUCCACCACCAGGGGAGAGGCGGUGGUCCUCUGGGAACCCGGGAAGUCUCUCAGGGUCCUGAACCCCAGCUAUGCUAACAGGAUCGUCUUGCUGAAGGAUGCCAGUGCCUUCCGAGUCCACAAUUUGACCCUGGCAGAUGGCGGGGACUACGAAAUCGUGCUGCGUGCGCCGGAAAGGCUCCAUGACGUCCCGCUGAGGAAGUACACCCUGUUCGUCUUCCACAUCAACAUCACCACCGAGCCGCUGGCCAAUAGCUCCUGCAGCCUGCUCCUGAUUUGCAAGGCCGGGACGGGGCGGAAGACCCGGGUGUCCUACUCCUGGAAGGAGCAGAAGUCCGGCAUCACCCUGUCGCAGGGCGCCUGGCUCAGCAUCGUCCUGCACCCCGCGGACGCGCAGCAGCGCUACACCUGCACCGCGCAGGCCCGCGGCAUCCAGAGCGCGCUCAGCGUCGAGCCCUACGAGUGCUGCCCCCACAGCUCUGCGGUUACAGGAGGCGCCACCCGUGGCCUGCCGUUCCACAGCUGGAUCUCCCGGGCUACGCUUGCACCCAUGGCCGUCGCCCUCCUCCUGCUGCUGUGACACCAGCCACCGACUGGCACAGAGAUGGGCCACCCCUCGCCACCCGGCCCCCCGCCUGCUCGCCGCGGCCGCCCGCUCUCCUUGCUGCACGGCGAACGAGGGCGGGAGAGCAGCUGGACGCCCGGAGGAGGCAGGUUGCCUGGGCAGAGCCCUGCGGGACAGGGGGCCCUUCUGCCGGGCUGAGCCCCCAGUGCAGCGGUUCUCCGUGAGGCUUCCUCUCUGCGCUGCUUUCCCCGGAGAG